AUGAACGGCAGCCCGAAUGCUCGUCUCCAGGCCAGGACAGGCCAUGCCGACGUCGACGAAGGCUCCUCUGUGGGCACACGGCCGUCCGCGACUCAUGAACAGGACCAAUGGCCUGCUCGAUUCGUGAUUGAAGAGGACAGCGACGAUGUCGACGAUACGGGUGUUGAUCGUCGUGUUCGAGAAAUCCGGAAUCUUUCCUCAUUGGAUGUGGCCGCCUUGAUAACAAACAAGAUGAUUGGAACUGGCAUCUUCACGGGCCCGUCCAUCGUCUUGCAGUUCACACUCAACAAGAACCUCGCAAUCGGCCUGUGGGCUUUUGGUAUGGUGUACACGCUGUUGAGCAUGAUCUUGUACAUCGAGUAUGCCAGAAAGCUUCCCUUCACGGGUGGCGAGCUGGUCUAUUUGGAUGACGCCUUGCCCAAACCACGUCUGCUGGGAUAUACGCUCUACGUCUUCUACUUCGUCUUCUUGUAUACCUCCGCUGCGAACUGCAUGAGUUUCGCGCGGUUUGUGCUCGCAGCAUCGGAUCUCUCGUUCCUGCCGAGCAAAGCACUCGAUGACCAUCAAUCUCGUCUGAGAUUCAUGGCGGUGGUGGCCAUCACCGCGGUGUCCAUCUUGUUAUACGUCUCAAACACGAAAAGCAAGUCGGUCAACAAAGCGACUGCGGGAGCAAAAGUCCUCCUGCUACUGGGCGCCAUCUUCGCAGGCGCAGCAUAUAUCGCCAAACAGCGGGCUGCAUCUGCAUCGAGCGCACCUCGGGAGCAAGCUGCAAAGUAUCUCAGCGGAACGCUGGACCAGUGGCAGAUGACCGCGACCAGUCCGACGACACCCCCCGUCGACUGGGCGCGGGCGCUCAUCACGGUGCUCUUCAGCUUUCACGGCUGGGAAAACGCUACACUGGUCGCUGGCGAGGUCUCAUCGUUCAAAGUUCUUCGUCGAGGCUUUUUGUUAGCUGUCCUGGGUGUUGGAUCGCUCUACAUUUCCAUGGCGGUUCUUGUGUGUGCUAGUUUCGACUGGCAACCGAACGAUGCACCCGGAGACAAACGGGACAAUGUGCCCAUGCUACCCUUGGCUCUGUACUUCGGCGCUGACCCCGAAGGAGCACUGCGCGGGUCCGGUGCAGUCGCUGCAUGUGUUUGCGUUGCGCUCUCUGCUUUCGGGAGUAUUCUCAGUGUGUCCUACACCUGUGUGAGAGUCAAGCAAAGUAUUGGAUGGGCGAACAUCCUCCCGUGGUCGCAUGUAUGGAGACGCCAGGGACGAAUACAGCCCGAUUAUGAAUUGGUGAAAGACGAGCAUGGCAAGCCGGAGCUACAGUAUAAGUUUCAAGAGCGGCCAUUGAACCGGCCUGGAACACCUGAAGGAGGCAUCAUUCUGCACUGGAUCACGACUGUCAUUUGGAUAUGCGGGACUGCCAAAUUUGACAGCCUCAGCGAUGCGAUCGCAUUCGCGAAUCAGAUCUUGGUCUUUGGAUACUUUUGGGCGGAAGCGGUGAUUGCGCUGCUAUUCAUCAACAUUGGCCAUUUUGGAUUCCAGACUGGUCCUGUCAAGUACUUCCCGGCCUGGAAUUGGCAUACCAAGAAGCAAGAUGGCGAUGCGCAGCACGGCUAUCCCCCCCGAUGGCUGAGACCAGCUUCCGCGCCGUGGAGUGGUCCUUUACUGCUCGGCUCAUCCGUCUUUGCUUCCAGCGUGGUCGUGAUCGGAGCCGCUUGCAAAAGUUCACCUGGACGCCGCUUGCUGUACGUUCUGCUCGGCAUCAUGUUAGCGGGACUGAUGUACUGGUACGCAUUUGUGCGGUACACCACGGCGCGCAAAUUGUAUCGCUUCUUUGGCUUCGAAAUGAAAGAGCAACUGCAUGGGGUGGACGAUACGGACGACGCGUAUCGUGUUUGCGACUGGUGCGAUGUGCUCAAGGGCCCGCACCGGCAUCCUACGGAGAGUUAUGAGUUUUACAACAGCAUCACACUCGACAGCAGGAGUCUGGGUCCUCGAUUGCUGUAUACUGUGUUUGAUGGCACCGAUCCGAACAUUGUAGUGCGUAUCUGGCAUGACCUAUGGCAGAAGGUUUCAUCGUGUUUUCCGCCACGACAAAGACAGGAACAGCCCAUACCGCUGGAGUCGAGAUGA